GACACUGUGAACGAUUUCGUCGAGCCGGAACUCGCUUUGUGUUUCUUUUCUCGUGGCAGCCUUUUCGAUAUAUAAACCUUUAUCAAUCCUCAUUCCCUCUAACGCCACCAUGUCCGGAGAAAUGGAAGUAGACCCGCCAGUUUCGCAUGAGCAGGAGGAAGCCCCGGCGCAAUCUGGCGGCGGCUUCGAGCCACGAACCCAGGCCGGGGCCGUUGCAGUGCGCAGUAUCGAAGGAUGGAUUGUGAUCGCCACCAACAUCCACGAAGAAGCCUCAGAGGAAGAUGUGACCGAUCUGUUUGCCGAGUAUGGAGAGAUUAAAAACUUCAACUUGAACCUUGAUCGCCGGACGGGUUAUGUGAAGGGAUACGCCUUGAUCGAAUAUUCUACUCUGCCCGAAGCUACAGAAGCCGUCAAGAACUUGAACGGGACCAAGUUGCUCGAUCAGACAAUUCAAGUUGACUAUGCAUUCGUCCGGCCGCCUCCCUCGAACAAAGGCAAGGCUGGUGGGCAAAGAGGCGGUGGUCGUGGUGGACGGGGCCGCAGCAGGAGUCGCGAGAGGAGUCGCAGCCCCGGCGCUGAUGAGAGGGAGUAAGCUAUGUCAUUCAGAUUGGUUCUGCAGACCCCUUCUACUAUUUCCGGAAUAUGUGGCGUGUUAUAGCCCCGGCAUAGUUUCUCUUUCUGUUUUCCACAUGUCCCAGUUCACCUGCGUCGGUUUUUUUUUUUUCAUGAGAAGGUUAUGCCACGGUUGAGAAUCAUGAAGACGUUGGUUCUGGUUUCGACUUCUACGCACCGCUUCGAUAGGCAUUGAUUACUAGGGUGAAUGUGCUUCCGGCCAGCAUUAUCUCUUGUGGGGCCUUCAUAGGGUCGUUGUCUGACGGGGAUGGUUAUCCAAAGAGAUACAUGCUGGCGUCAUGAUCUAAUAGCAAUCCGAAAAAGCUCCAAUUAGUAUGAUUUCGCAUUACUAGGAUAUCCAAAAAGUUGACUAAUAGUUGAUUCCGCGUGAUAACGCAUGAUAUGCAAUGAUCCGUGCAGCUUUUGUCUUAAUUUGCUUGCUUUUAGCUCCAUACUUCUGUGUUAGCGCAACCGCGAC